CCUCAGCCUCCCCCUGCCGUUCAUCGAAGGCUCGGAUCAACUUCUUCUUCUCCUCUGCAGACACCAGAGCACAGUUAUUAUUUUAUCACACACAUUUUGAAAGACUUAUGAUUUUAUUUUCAGCUAGUUAAGUUAGCUCGUUAGUUAGCCAACAUUAGCCGCCGGAUUACAGAAGAGUGGCAGCCCACUGGAGGAGAGUGUGAGGGAGAAGAACGCAAAAUCAUGAUGGUGCUUCUAUUAAUUGUCGCAGGCCUCGGGGUCGUGUCGUUACUGAUGAUUUUAUUUGCGCCCCAUAUAAGGAAAUAUGCAGCUGGAGGAGUGUGCAAGUCUGCGGCUCGGCUGGAUGGCAAGACAGUCCUCAUCACAGGAGCCAACACAGGGAUUGGCAAGGAAACUGCCCUGGACCUGGCCAUGAGAGGCGCUCGAGUGAUUAUGGCAUGCCGAGAUGUGGAAAAGGGCGAGGAGGCUGCAGCGAGCAUCCGUGCCGUUUGUCCCAGUGCACAAGUGGAAGUGCGAGAGCUCGACUUGGCAGAUACGUGCUCUAUACGAGCCUUCGCACAGAAGUUUCUAAGAGAGGUCAACCAGCUUCAUAUUCUUAUCAGCAACGCUGGGGUGAUGAUGUGUCCUUACAUGAAAACCAUAGAUGGCUUUGAGAUGCAGAUUGGAGUCAAUCACCUGGGGCACUUCCUGCUGACCUUCCUCCUGAUCGGGCUGCUGAAGCGCAGUGCGCCAGCCCGGAUCGUCGUGGUCUCGUCUCUGGCACACAACUUCGGCUGGAUCCGUUUCCACGACCUGCACAGCCAGGGCAGCUACAACAGCGGAUUAGCGUACUGCCAGAGCAAGCUGGCCAACGUGCUUUUUGCCAGGGAGUUGGCCCGCCGACUCAAAGGCUCCAAUGUGACUGUGAACUCGCUCCAUCCGGGGACGGUGAACUCUGAGCUGACCAGACACUCCACCGUCAUGACGAUACUUUUCACCGUCUUCGCCAUGUUCCUGAAAACCCCGCGGGAAGGCGCGCAGACAACAAUCUACUGUGCCGUUGCAGAAGAGCUGCACUCUAUCUCUGGGAAACACUUCAGCGACUGUGCCCCUGCCUUCGUGGCCCCGCAGGGCAGGAGCGAGGAGACGGCGAGGAGGCUGUGGGAGGUCAGCUGCGAGCUUCUUGGCAUCGAGUGGGACUGAUUCAACUUUUUAAACCGCCAUAUCUCGGUUCUCAAAGGAGCUCUCAUCUUUAAUCAUUUAUUUAAUUUGUUUCAUGACAGUUUUGAUGUAAUUUUGAACUUCUCUUACCUAAUGAGAUUGCAGCAGCCAGGUAAUGAUGUAAGAGGCGCCAUAAUGUGAAGUUGCUCUUUGUGUAAUAAUGCAGUAAUUAUAUUAUAAUAACUUGAGUAUUUUGGGAUUUCACAACUGGACCUUUCAGCAGUUCCUCAAACCAAAACCAUCCAAGCUGUAUUAUUUAUUAUGUGAACACAAAUACUUUGUUAUUAUAUAUUUUUGUGACACAAUGUGAACACAGUGUAGGCAAAAAAAUAAGCAACUUAAUGUGUUGUAAUGCUGUAGGAUACUGUGAAGGGUCAAGCCAGGGUAAAUGCAGAGCCUCCUUAUGGAAUUUGUGUUUUAUUCAGUUUAUCCUUUGGUUACUCUAGAACUCGCAGCCAAGUUGCUUGAUAUUUGUGCCAGCUUUUCUAUUUAAAAAAAAAUGCAAAAAUGCAAGGGUAUUUUUAAUGUUUCACGUUUGAAGAAAAUGAACAUAAAUGAAAGAGCGCUCUCUUUUGUGCCAUAAUUAGUCUACUGCUUAAAUUGCAAAAUUAUAGCCCAUUUAGUUUAUAAACAAGUCUGACUUUGUCAAAAAUUUGCAAGCCUUUGUGACACUUGCAGGGGAAAUUCCCGACAACGGCACAUUCCUGGGAGAACUACUGUUUUCUGACGACUACAAGGUUUCACCGAUUUCUGUUUCUUUUUCAGAAUUCACCACAAUAACGUUGCCAAGAGUUUACAGACGGUGAUGUUUUAUACAAAAGUGAAACAUGCCUUUUAAUAAACUUACAUUCAUGUCAAGAGUUGAAUGUUUACAUUUGAUGUAAAUAAAUGGAAGAAUUACUA